AUGCUCUCGACCAUCCUCGCUUUGCUCCUCAUCUGCGCCACAUGCGUGCACAUGAGUCUGGAUGAACUGGGAGGACAGGCAUAUGCGCAGGGCACGUUCAUGGCCGCCGAUUUCCGCGUCCACCAGCAAUGCGAUGAACAGCUCAAGACAAUCAAGGAGCCUCUGAGGGGUAUGCUCGACAUGGCCCGACGCGACGUUUACGGCUACUGUCUUGCGAUCAGCUCAUGGUGGGCGGCGUACUAUUCCCGGCCCAUGAUGCCCUUUGUCGAAACCCCGACACAGCACAUGUCGCGCCUACAUGGCGAGUGUGGACCGCACCCAACGUCGAGCCAUAUCACUUCUCAUGCGUUCCAGCGCCACCGGACGCUGUCGCAUCUCGCAUUGCAGGUGGUGCGGUGUAACCACGGCGCGAGAAUGAGCGCGCGGGCUAGAGCUGAGAGUGUGGUCAAGUUACGCAGGGACCUCGAGGCGUGGCGCGAUGGUAUGCCGGCGUGCAUGGCGUGGCCGCCGGGCGAGCAUGAGCUCGAGCCAUCUAGUCCUAGCACGGUCACUCUCUUCGCAACAUACAACUCGCUCAUCAUCCACCUCCUGCGGCCAUAUGCCAUCGAACGCGCAUCCUACGGCCUCAAUGGACCCGAAUGGGCUGGCGUCGUGUUCGACGACGCGCUCGAGACCUGCAUCGCGGCCACCGCGCAGAUCAUCGAGCAAGUGCACUAUGUGCGCGACAGACAUGGGAUGUGGGCUGCCCCAAGUAGCCUGCAGGACUGCGUAUAUCACGCUGCGACGAUCCUCGUGUUCCAGGCCUCGGGGCUCGUGCGCACCGAGCCCGCCGGCGCAACCGCCGCCCUCGAAUCCCUCGCAUACGCGCACAUGGCGCUACUCGAACUCGCCGAGACGUGGCCAGCCGCCGCUCAGGCUGCAGAGUCUGUGCGCAUGCUGCAGGCGCAGUACUGCGUCAGUGCGUGA